GCCGCGAACUCCUUUGGAGAGACCUCCCUGUACCACGCAGCUUGCUCUUGCCGGCUGGGCAUCAUGCGCCUGCUACUUGAGGCCGGUGCAGAUCCAAACGGCGCCAAGACGGAGAGAGGAGCGAUACCGCUGAUGAGGGCGGUGACGGAGCCCGAUGAGGCAAUGGUGCGGAUGCUUCUCUCACACGGCGCCGACGCCAACGCCGCGUACUUUCACGGAUGGACCUCCCUGUUUGACGCGGCCAACUAUGGCCUGCUGUACAUCAUGCACCUGCUACUGGAGGCCGGCGCCGACCCCAACGCUGUAAACUCCCGCAACGGAGAGACCUCCCUGCACAUUCUCCUUCGUUCUCGACAUUCUGGCCGGCUGGACAUCGUGCGCCUGCUACUGAAGGCCGGCGCAGACCCCAACGUCGCCGAGACGCAGACCGGGGAGACGCCGCUGAUG